GCAGCGCGGUGACGUCACGAGCCGGCGAGAGCAACGGCAUGAGGCGGACGGAGCCGGAAGGGCGGCAGCCGGCGCCCUCCAGAGCGUGGUUCCCGGGGGGCGGCUGCUGCUCGUGCCUCUGCAUCCCGCUGCGGGGGCGGCGCGGCGGUGGCGUGGGCGGCGUGAGCCAGCAGGAGCGCCAGCUGGACUGCUUCGAGCCUCCGCCGGCGGUGCUCUUCCAGGCGUCGCCCGGCCGCGCCGCCUCCGCGUCCUCCAGCACGCCGCCGGGCCACUCGCUCUACCAAGACAGCCGUCCCAAGUGCUGCAAGAAGCUGCUGCACCACAACGGACACCCCAACAAGGUGCUGCUAUUCCCAGAAGAAGGCUGGGCACGCAGCGCCUCCUCUUCCUACUGGACACUGACGCCCGCCUGGUGGAGUCGCAGCCGCUGCAAGGUCGUGGAGGUAGCAGGCACCAGGAGGUACAGCGCCCAGGCUAAAAUGGUGGACACUGGAUCAGGCAGCCUCUACAUCAUAGGCACUUUCAAGAGGGUCUCUCCCGAUCCAGAUUUUAAGCUGUACCUGACUUCGAGCGUGAGCCCGUCCGACUUCAACAUGGGCUACAGCAUGACAGGCACGCUGGAGCGUGGCUGCCGCUCCAGCAACACGUUCCAGACGACGCACUUCGCCGUCAUCCGGCGGCACGACUACGACAUGCCGUAGCAGCAGCCGGCGCCCGGGGCGCUCUGUCCCAAGGGCUGCUCCUCGGACGCCAGCAGCUGCGCCAGCUCCACCCACCACGACCUCUAGCCGGAGGCCGAGGAAGGCCUCUACACACGCCCCAGUCCGCCUCACCUGCGCCACCAACAUCCACCACGACCUCUAGGAGGGGCCUGUGCCAUCCACAUCCAGGCGGCGCCCGGGGCGCUCUGUCCCAAGGGCUGCUCCUCGGACGCCAGCAGCUGCGCCAGCUCCACCCACCACGACCUCUAGCCGGAGGCCGAGGAAGGCCUCUACACACGCCCCAGUCCGCCUCACCUGCGCCACCAACAUCCACCACGACCUCUAGGAGGGGCCUGUGCCAUCCACACCCACCAUAAUCUCUAGCCGGGAGCCGAGCAAGCUCACCUUACGUUAUCUGUGCCAGCUCCAUCCACCACGGCCUCUGACAGGGUGGCCACGGACAGCUUCUACACACGCCUUCACCCUGUGGGCCAUCGUGACUAGCUGCGCCGUGACCUACACAAAACUGUCCCACCCCUGCUUACUGUGCGUCACCUCCCAUGCUGGACAGCCGUGGAGUACAUCAACAGUGGGACAGAGAAAACAAAUCUAGACAUUCCUCCACGAUAUAGACUUUAGUCGCUGUCUUCAGAUGUGAUACUGAUUUUGGUGGUAUGAUGUCUCAGUGAGGAAACGAACAGCAAAUUGACGCUCUAUUCAAGGGUGACACAUAUUAGCAAUGUACCAGACAUAUCGUAAAGUCAUGUCUUCAAACAACUUCACAAGAUGUUUCAAAGUCAAACGUUAUGUUUUUAGAUUUUCGUUAAUAUAAUUUAGUCUACAAGAGUCAAGGUCCCCACAGACUAACACGUACCGUGGUUGCUUUCACUGCAGUGAAACUUGGUACCAUCUGAGUGCCAAAAGUGGCCAGGAACUCGCUGUCUCGUAUAAAUUCGUACGCACUCUACGAUUAUUAUUUAUUUUUAUUUAUUAUAAUGCUUGAUUUAUGAAAUGGAUUUUCAGUUAUUGUGCUUCAAACUUCAGUAAAAUAACAAGAAACAUGAAUGAUCGUAAAAUACCGUGUGGUUAUAGGUAACGUGCAGCCACUCGUAGAGGUCCAGUGUGUGCUGUAAUCACAGUAUGACGGUAAAACUUCCCAGUUAUUCUAAUGCGUUAAUGACGAACCGAAUUGUACUGUGAAAGACUUAGUCAAGUUUCGGCCACCAGAUGCACAUCUGCCUCUAUGUAUGCAAGAAACACUUACAGAACUGUUUCCAUAUGUAAAGCGUUAGGAACAGGACAUGAGAGAAAAGGUAAAACAAGUGAGAAAGACUUAAUGUUGAUUUUAUUAUUAUAUCUCUUUCACAAUUUGUUCAGUAUGAACACCUGAGACUUCAAGUAGGUACUGUACAGCGCAAUAUCACCUGGUGGCCACAAUUUGAACUAAAUUUCUCCAGUAUGUACCGGUUACGUGCUAAUGCAUUAGUAUAUUACCAAGUUUCGCUACUAUACGAUAAUUAUAGCUAAUACUGGACUCUCAAGAGUAGGUGUACAUAAAACCGUCAAAAAUCAUGAAUUAAAUCAAAUAAGCUACAUAUAUAUGAAAAAAUGCUUUCAGAAUUGCGUAUACUUUCAGCUUACUCCUCGGUUGCCAAGAGUGGAUAAUCAUAGGAUAUAAAGCACAAAAACCAUCUACGUCUGUUUGCAGUCUGUUAUUACGAUAGGGAUUUUCCUUGACACACAGCUGUGUUGCACAUUCUUACACUUUCCUCUGUUUUCCAACACACCAAUAUUUUGACAUAACCACUUGUUCAAGAGAUGACUAUGUUGAAGACGUUUCCGUUUCUACCUCUGAUGUGGAUACAGUUACGGAAUUCGUUUAUACUCUGUCGCGCAAUACAAGAUUCGUCUGAAAAGUUUGGUGAAUGGUAUCAGAAAAUAUGUGGAUCCAGACUUACAAACAAAAUACUCCUUUGGCCUUCAAAACAAUCUCCAUUAGCUACAACACACUCCUGACAUCGGUUGUAAAGCUGUUCGAAACUCAGAAAACCCCGUCUUGUGGAAUCUCUCGAAACAGCAUGAUCACAAAUUGUUUUGUACCCGCAUCAUAACAGAAGAUGAAAUCUGGUGCUAACAGUACGGUCAAGAGACCAAGCGACAGUCAAUUGUACGAUGUUCAUCGUCUUCCACCUCUCUCGGGUAGAAAUUCACAUUGGAUCAAGCCCUUGCUCUCGAAAUAGGCGAUCAAUAUUGUCUUAAUGUGGGAUCUUGUCAGUCGAUUCUCUUUGGGCGGCGGGGAUGCUCUGACAGUCGCUUUAUCUCCGGACCGUACUGCUGUCCCUACGUCUCAUCUCCUGUAAUGAUUCGGAUAUCCAAAGCGCUACCGCACUGCUUCCGUAAGAAGCAACAACCAACUGAUGUCGGAAGUGCAUUGUAGCUAACGGUGAUUUCUUUGAACGACACUAAAGGCAGCCGCUCGCUGUGGCCGAGCGGUUCUAGGCAUUUCAGUCCGGAAUCACGCUGCUGCUACAGUCGCAGGUUCGAAUCCACCUCGGGCAUGGAUGUGUGCGAUGUCCUUAGGUUAGUUAGGUUUAAGUAGUUCUAAGUCUAGGGGACUGUUGACCUCAGAUGUUAGGUCCCAUAGUGCUUAGAGCCAUUUGGAUCAUUUUGACACUAAAGGCAAUUGGUUUGGAGCUGUUGUUUCCUUGGUUUUCUGAGACCAUUCACUGAAUUUUUCACAUGCACCUUGUAACCAUAUUGUUUUCACAUUUUACUGUCACCUGUUUGUGGUAGUUUUAUCUUCAGCUGCAAUUUUGUUGGCUUACCUGACCCGUUAAACAAUGAUGGCAUAGCAUUCCAAGCCAGUUAUCUAUCUUCCGCAUUCAUAAACAGAUUUGGUUAGGAAUGGAGUGAACAGUACUUCGUGUUACAGCAGAUAUACGAUAUCUUUCUGAAAUAGGUCAUAACUUCUGCUAUUUACUCGCAGUUUCUUGAUCUUAAAAAUAAAUGUUAUUUUUAUCUAAAUGUCUGUAGAUUACAAGAGAAUCAUAACAAAUAGUCCUGCAGUGUGCGGUUUUAUACAUCUCACGAUCGGUAAGAGAGCUAAGAACGACAAAUGUGGUGUCUUUUUUCUGUAUUUAUAGUACAUAUGCUCUUUAUUAUAAAACCUGUGAGGGUAAGUUAGUGGUCACUUGGAAUGCUACCUCAGUGCUUUCUAAGGAAAUGACCAGAGGUUUCGCUAUUGUUUGUGUUAUAUUUUGAUGUUCCUGUCUCAAUCGAAAUUUUCGUUGAGGGAGAUAUGCUAUUUACAGAACAGUACCAGCUGUGAAAAUACCCCGUAGUAGUGUUCGUAAGUCACAGGUGGAAAAGCAGUGACAAAGAAAGUUUGAGGUCACGCUCCGUUACAUUGUAGGAUUUGCAUACAUGGACAGUUUACGCUGAACUCGUUUCAUCUCACUGAGUCUUCAUUGACUUCAUUCUCAUUGAUCCAUUCACUACAUCUCAGUGUAUUUAACACUACCGAUUAGACAACCAGGCAUCCUUCAGUUUCCGAAUAAUCUAUAUUUUGCGCUACAAAAAGAUAACUAGCCUACUCACCACAACACAUGCCAUAUCCAUAAUAGUGCGAAGAAGCUACAAAUCUAAUUGAUGGGAGAAAAAUAUGGAGAGAAAAAUAUAUCCAUAUGGGGCGUGUUACGAAGCUGACGCUUCACAUGUCGCAUGAAAAACCGUCUCACCUGUCAUUUCCGGUGUUCUACAAAUGAUUCACACAUAAUGUUCGAUGCACUAGCUUUCCUCCCUAAUGCAGAUUUCAGGUCACCGCCACAGUCAGUUGAGAACAGGUGGAAUGUACCUUCUCCCACAACCCGUGAAUGAAGAACUGCAUUAGUAUUUGCUACGUAAAUCAACUUGAUGCCACACCAAAGAAAGAAAAACAGUGGGUUUCAGGCAGGUAAUGGUUGCCGUGGCCACUGGACUGAUUGUCCCUCACCUAUCAACUGUCCAGGUUAGUGUGUCUUAAGGUUACAUCCUUGAAGCUUAAUGGAAUAUACUGAAUGCUCUUGAUGCGAACUGCUAAUUGUAUGCUAUCCAAGAAAACCAGUCACUGUGUUUCAGAAGGAACAUGCCUAAGACUGGCCGCUUCAUAGCUUCGAAUAAACAUUUUUUAUCCAAAUUUAUGUGGAAUUUCUUUCCCAGUUUUACAUCUGAAAUAAGACUCCGAUGGAAAGUGGUCCGAUUUAGAUAAACCCUGUAAAAUAAAAGCGUUAUCUUAAUUUCCUAUUUUUCUCUGCUGUAACAUGCUUCGCGAUGUACACAGAAAGUGAGCGCGUCAGAAUCAAACGUAACUCUGCUCUCAAGAAACUCUCAACAGUUACUCCAGUACAAGAUAAUUAGCGGCAAAUUUAAACUAGUAAUAACGACUGUAAGUAAAGCAAGUAUCGAUGUCUGUUACUUAGCACACCGUUUUCCAGACGUCAACUUCGUGCAUUUGGUGGCACUAAACUACAAGAAAACCUUGCCACCUCACGAUGACCAUGAAGAUGUGCAACAGGGACUGCUCCAGUAUAUACUGGAGUACAGGCUGAGAGGCUUAGACAAGCCAGCUGAAGCUCAGGAAAAGUCUAUGUAGCGACCGAAGAGUGUUAAAUGACUACUAGAAAGUUGAUAUUAGAAUUAACACGUAUCCAGAACUCUAGAGCCAUGCGCGUCGGGCAAAAAUCAUGGAAAAGCCGAAUAUUUUUUACGUUUAACUUAUGAGAAUUUAUUGCAAUAACCACAGACGAAACAACAGUCAAUACCACUGACUUAUUAAAAUAAGUUUCUCUUGACAUAAACCUCUAUUCAGGCCAGGAUUCACAAUGAAUACAAGCCAAAUAUAGAGAAAUAAUCAAUGAAUUUUUCUUCGAAUCUGGGCUUACACUGUAAUGACACAUUCUAAAAUAUGAGAAGCGUGUGCCGAACCAAGAUGCGAACACUUGCCUUAUGGGGGAAUAUUUCCUUCGACUGUGUUACGUAAAAACUACUAACGGGCCGUAAAAACUACUAACGGGCUUGCUGAGAGCUUCCAUUUACCUGUAUUACCUAUUGUACUCACGUGUCGAAUUUAAGAGUCCAGUGCAGAAGAGCAGUCUUAGUUCGCCAGGAAGUUUCUCUGUAAGUAAAUUCAUUAAAUGUUUGCAAAGAGCCUCAUGUGAAAAGAUACAAAAUAUGAGAGAUGGUUACAGUAAUGAGUGGAAAUGCACAUUAUUAUGUUUGAAGAGGACUAUCAUAGCGUUUCAUUCGAGCAAACAUUAUUGCAGUGAGAAGUUAACGAAUGAGAUUGAAUUUUGGUAACUCCAUAGAAAUCUAACCAAUUCCUUGCACGUAGUACCAAAGCUCAUACAUCACACUAAGCUAAUAAAAAUAAGUUAUUCAUAUUCUUUUAGUGAAAACAGCUCUCCUACAGAUAUUCUCACAGAGGUACUUCUCGUUACAAUCAAACAUCAAGUCUUUAAAUGUAAUUGUUGACUUAGAUAUGUUCUAUACCAGUUAUUUCCCCAGGAUUUUCCCCAUAAGUUUCAAUAAUACGGGGUCUAGUUUCUGGAGGAGAAAUGAUCAUAUCUAGACGUUGUUAUGCCACAAUAUUGCGUGCGGGCAUUUUUGUCGUCAAGAUAAACGUCACAGUUUUGAACAUAUCUCACAUGCAGAAGACUGGGAAGGAGAAAAAAAAUAAAGCCGUAAACAUCAAUUAGCGGAUUAGACUUAAACCAACAUAUGAAAUUUACUUCUGAAGUUGGCGUACGCCACACGGGUGCCUAUGUGCUCUGAGAUUUCAAUGCAAGAGACAGAACAUGAGUUUUUUCUGUUAUACUGCAUUUUUAGCAAGGACGUGAGACAGAUUCCAUGCAAGCUAUUAUCCACCCAAUGGAAUAGGUUGAAAAAUCAGCCAACAAGUUUAUUAUCCCUUGACCUACGUUGCGAUAUCUGUAAAAAUAUCUGCUUCAGUAGUGGCCCUUGUUACAUCACAUUAUGGUACAAUAGUUUAGAUAAAGCGAGGCCGCUUCUUCUGAAGAAUAUAUUUUUACAAAUAUCGAAAUCUAGGUCAACUGUUAAUAAACUUUUAUUUGCAACUGGAUGGCUGAUUUUUCAGCCUCUUCUGAUUUACACAGUUGCUGCUUCGUAGCCAUGUUUAAGAGUUUGGAACCAUCCAAUUAAUUAUUAUUCGUGUAAAUGUUGCUACAUUCAGUCAACAUACACACAGUACAGAUUGAAUGAUCCUGCUACUAAUAAUGUAAUUAGCUGAUUUGAUGCUGGAUGAGAAGUUUUCCGUCAUGUAUCUUCGAAGGGAACUGUUCCUUUUGGGCAUAAACGUAUUAUCAAGCGUAAGCUAUAGACCAUAUUAAUUGUUGGGCUGUUAAACUGGGAUCAAUGGAAAUAAAUGAUAAUGUGUCCCUGACGCCUCAUUUGAUUUUCUCAUCCACAUACAAGCGGUAACUCAUUAAACAACGGGAGAUUUAUUUUGUACAGUUAAUUUAAUAUUCUAAUCGUUAGUAACACAAAACGCAGCUUAUUAUACAUGUUUAAUUUUUAUCACCAUUAUUGUCAACGAUUCUGAAUAAGAAGCACUUUGAAACACCAGUAUUUACGAAGCUCUUGAAAAACAUCAAUGUUUACUGACAUAAACACUACCGAACCAAGUAUCCCUUAUAGAAGGGAGUAUUUUCAGUCAGAUAAAACCGACGGCCGUUACCAGUGCUGGAAAUGAAACAAUCUCAUAUUUUUCUUAUAAGUGCAUAAUCGAUAAAAGUCAUUACACUGAAAAAUAGGUCCACAUCAAUCAGUGUGAUUAUAAACAUAUAUAAGACAUAAAAAAUAUAAAAAAAUGCCAUAAGUACUCGUAUUUCAGGAGCAACAGUUAAACUGUUUGCAAUACGUAAGACGGAAAUGUUUCUAAGUAAUCAUUUCAUUUUCUCUAGCAUGGAAGCCUUGUGCGCUCUGAACGUUAUCCCUGAAGAAGUAUACCAGAUCCUUGUAGAUGUCUGUUUAUGAUAAACCCCAACUAACUUUAAUGAUGCAUAAGAAAUGUUAUAUGUUGUAAGUCGAAUUGGCUUAAUAGAAGUAGAAGUAGUAGUAGUUUGCGAUAGAGUAAAUUGUCGAUUGUAGUAGCCUCAACAUUUCCCUCAACCAUGCGGCUGUCAGUGGGGUGGAAAAUAGGAAGAGAUAUCCCGGUAGAAAUCCGGAAGGCGUUCUUUUUUUCUUUCAUUGUAUUUUUUUCACUUACGCAUUCCUUUUGAUUUAGUUUUUCUCUCGCAGAUAUAAAUUUACAUUCUGAUUCGUUUUUCAUAUUUCUACUUAGAACAAUAGCCUAUAAAUGCCAGACUGCUCUCUGUCACAAACAAAGGACAGAGCAGCGAUGAGCCAGGAGUAUAAUUCUGAGAAUACGUAAUAGGAAGUCGAUAUCAUCGCUUCAAUCUUUAUACGCUAGGUAUUCUUUUGACUUGAAAGCUAAUAGUACAAACUAUGCAUACUGUUUAUAGGCGUUUUUUAAGUCGUAAAUUUAUGUUCUCGGUAAAAUCUCUAUGGACGCAUGGCUGAUUAAAUCGUUUUUGUCCUCCUGUGAAAUACAUUCAUGUCUGGGCUACAAUACAAGCUUUGUUAUCGCUAAUUAGGUAAUUCCGUACAUUUUCUAUACAAAUUUUCUCUUAUGAUUCAAAAGCCAUCGUUAAUUCUUGCGACUUUUUUACGCUUGGAUUAUUUGAAGAAGAACGUAGAUAUAAAGAAUAGAAUUAAACGUCAUCUCUCCAGCCCAUUACUGUCGAGUCUAGUGGACUCAGCUGUAGUGAAACAUAGUAGUACGUCGUGACAAAAGUUCUUUCUGAUAAUCAUCUAACUCGUCGGUUGAUAGCUUUUACGAAAGUGUCCAAAUCCCUAUAACGAAUGGUGCUUCACGUGCUGUUUCCAAAACAAAAAGGCAAUCAAAAUUAGUGCGUCAUAUAAUAAUAAACGGUACAAUUACCUUUCAUUUAAGGAAGAACACCAAUCUAGUGAAUACAGAGACGUUUAUAAUGCUUGAAUUUACGCUUAAAUGCAUCAGGAAUACGAACUAUAAAACCUGCAGCGAUGCCAUACGUUUACCGAUUGAUAUCGAGAAGUCCAUUGAAGAUAUUCAUAUAUUUCGUAUACUGUCAAUUACGGGAAAUAUUUUAGCUAUUUUAUGGUCGUACGUAGUAGUUAUUUGUGUGCCGUAGGAGUGAAGCAGAGGAGUGCCGAGGGCCGUUCGUCCAGUACAGGCCAGUCGUCCGAGCGACUCCAUCCUGACAUUCGCAAUGAUGUGCUCAAUGCUUGCCAGAGUUCAGCUUCUGCGCACAUCAUAUUUUGCGGCUCUGAUGUUAUUUUUGUGUCAGUUUUGUAAUAUAAUCGUGCUCGCCGUACGUACGUACGUACGUGUAUGUGUAUGUGUGUCUUUGUGUGUGAGUAUGUGUGUUAAAGAUGUCAUUGCUACAACCAUCUAGAUUUUGUAACCAUUUUUUCCAAUGUGUGUGCUAAUACCCAUUAUAAGUGUAUAGAAUGACUGUUACUGGUAUCACGGAACUAUCAGCAUUGUUUUAUGUGAUUUGUCUCAUACUAUAAGUGUUAUAAACCAAUGUACAGUUUAACUACGCUACUCUUAAGGAAGCACUGCUUUCCAUUAGAUGUAUAUUAUUAAUGAGCCAACAUUUGUUGUAACAUUCAUGAACGGUCUCGUCAUAUUUUUUUGAAUACGUGGAUCUGAUAUCGAGAUCCGAAUCAUAUGUUUCUACAUUUUCGAAGCUCAAAAUACCUUAUUGAACACAGUGACCUAAUAUGCUCUCAGUAACGUAAAUUCCUAUUUUUAAUGGACAAGUACAAAUUGUUUCACCGUCUUAAUGCAUCUGCUGUCCAGAAUCAAACAAGUGGAAUAAGAUAAUCAGAUAUUCAGCAUGACUUUGCAAAGACACGAUGACGGAAUUUGAAUGUCUUCACAUUUUCUGAAAAAUUUGACAAAUGUUCCCCUUAGCGUUGAAAAUAUAUGUGAUACUUUUUAAGUACAGAAAAAAUAAUUUAGCAUUUCAGUGCCCUUGUGAUUACCACAAAAAAUAAUUAGUUAUUGUUCAUGAUUCAAAAUGUAACUAGCGAUGAUUCUUCACAUGACUUUGAUAUCUGAACAGCAGAAACGUGCCGACUUCAAAAAAACUUCAAAGCACUAUGGCUGUGAUAACGUUCACUGAAGAAAUGAACUAUAGAACACUUGAGAUCUAUUCGGCAAAAGACAUUGUACAUUUAUCUGUGUCCUGUCUAACCUGUACUUUCGUUGUCGAUGCAUGUAAUUUCUCUCUUGGUUUUCUGUGUAAACAGUGUGAAAAUGUGCAAUCUGUAAGCUUUUUUCGGUGUAUUUAUUGUGAUGUUCUCUAUUAAAGAUAU